AUGCAGAUCACUUCGUCAAUCGCUGCCGCCCUGGCCCUCCACGUCAUGGUAGCAUUUGCCACAUAUGGCGAGGCCGAAUCCAGGACGAUGGGCCCGACAGGUGUCAUCCCCAUCCCUACUGGAGUGUACACAAGUCCUUCGGAGGGCGUUGGUGUCAAGUUUGGCGCGCUGGAGCGCCGUGACCCGUCCGAUACAGAGAUCUAUGUGAAUCCCGCCAACCGCAUUGGCGGCGUCCCCAUCAAUGUGGAAAGCGACAACAAUGUGCAUCUCGACAAAACCGAGCUUCUUGCGCGCUCCGGAAACCCCAGGGUAUUCCGUCCUCGUGGUGUCGGUCGCAGGGCGCGUGAGUGA